UGUUGAGGGACAAAACCCUCUCUCUCUGUGUCUUUUUUUAUUACUUUUCCUCAUAAAAACCUCAUAAUACCUUGAUUAAACAACCUCAAGAGGGGCCUGCAUUGAUCCAAACUUUGAUGGGUUUUUUACCCUAAAUAAGACAAACCUUGCUUGGGUUAUUAACUGUUGGCCUUUCUUUCUUUCUCUCUGCAUCUCUUGAGCUUCUGUUCUCUUCUUAAAGAGAGGAAGAACAGAAGCUAGUUGGCUUGGUUGGAACAAGGAGAAUUUUUAUUGCAGACAUGUUUUAUGCAUCAAAAACUCUUUUGCUUCAACACUGGCAAGAAAGUUCAAACAUAAGCUCACCUUGUUUCUGGAACAGCCUUUUUGUGUUUCUCAAUCUUUUAUUCCUUGGAAGCUAUUCAGUUAUUUUCUUGCUGAAGAUAUGCAAAAUAUCAUGUAAAAGGAGACAUAAGUCCUCUGAUGAAGUGAGAAAACAAUCCUUGACAACAAAAUACAUAAAUGGUGAUGUACGCUCGGGGAUCUCAUACCAAGUCAGCAAAUGGUGUUGCUCGAUUCUACUAGCAACCCACUUAGCUGAACUUAUACUCUUGCUUUUACAUAACCACACAAGCCAUUGCAGUUACAUGCUUCUUGUUGUGGCUGAAAUAACUCAAGUGGUAUCAUGUAUAGUCAUGAUCGCUACUGUUGUCAGUUUCCAGAAAGCAACAUUAGUAAAACUCCCCCGCAUUAUAAGACUAUGGUGGAUAAGUAGCUUCUUUCAAUCAGUAAUCUGCAUAACCUUUAGAAUACACUCAGCAAUUCAACACGAUGAAUUGAUAGGAGUGGAUGAAUGCAUAGAUCUCCUCGGCCUCCUCACAUGUGCAAGCCUAUUUUUGGUCUCUAUUAGAGGAAAGACAGGUAUCAGCUUCACCAAGAGUAGUGAUACUGUCACAGAACCUCUACUGCAGCCUUCAACUGAGAAACCAUCAGAAAGAGAAAGGAAAUCACCAUAUGGAAAAGCGAGCCUCCCACAACUUGUCACCUUCGCUUGGCUUAACCCACUUUUUGUUCUCGGAAAACAAAAACCUCUCAAUCAAACUGAGAUCCCAGAUGUCGAUAUCAAGGACUGUGCUCAGUUUACAUCACACUCAUUUGACAACUACCUUACAAGUGUGAAGGAAAAGUACGGCUUGCAAAACUCAUCUAUAUACAGAACAAUCUUCAUAUUUAUCAGGAAAAAGGCAGCAAUCAAUGCAUGUUUUGCAGUAGUAACCGCAAGUGCUUCCUAUGUCGGGCCAUCACUAAUCAACAGUUUUGUAAAGUUUCUAGCUGGAAGCCGGGAUAGUGGACUGAAAACUGGAUACUUUCUCGCAUUAGCAUUUCUAAGUGCUAAAUUUGUGGAGACAUUGACUCAGAGGCAGUGGAUUUUUGGAGCUAGGCAACUAGGUCUUCGCUUAAGAGCAGCUCUGAUAUCCCAUAUAUACAGAAAGGGCAUUCGCUUAUCAAACCAUUCUCGUCAGACCCAUACUAGCGGAGAACUUAUCAACUACAUGAGUGUAGAUAUUCAGAGAAUCACAGAUGUUAUGUGGUAUGCGAACAUAGUUUGGAUGUUGCCCGUUCAAGUUUCCCUCGCGAUAUAUGUUCUUCAUAAGAAUCUCGGCCUUGGGGCUUUUGCUGGAUUAGCAGCUACAUUCUUGAUCAUGUCAUGCAAUAUUCCUCUAACAAGAAUCCAAAAAAGAUUUCAGUCCAAGAUCAUGGAAGCAAAAGAUGGUCGCAUGAAAGCAACAUCAGAGGUUCUCAAAAGCAUGAAGAUAUUGAAACUUCAAGCAUGGGACACCCAGUACCUGCACAAAUUGGAAGCUUUGCGGCACAUUGAGUAUGGCUGGUUGUGGAAAUCGCUUAGAUUACGAGCACUUUCAGCUUUCAUUUUCUGGGGAGCUCCCACUUUUAUAUCAGUUGUGACUUUCGGUGCAUGCAUAUUGAUGGGAAUCCCUCUAACAGCAGGUAGAGUUUUAUCUGCAUUGGCUACUUUUCGAAUGCUUCAAGACCCAAUCUUCAGCCUUCCUGAUUUGCUUUCAGCGCUUGCACAGGCAAAAGUUUCAGCUGACAGGAUAGCAUUGUACUUACAGGAGGAAGAAAUAAAAUCUGAUGCAGUUGAAGUAAUUCCUAGAAAUGAAACAGAGUUUGAUAUUGAGAUUGAUAGGGGCAUUUUCAGUUGGGAUGCAGAUAUGAAAUCUCCAACACUUUCAGAUGUACAGUUUACUGUGAAAAGGGGAAUGAAUGUCGCUAUUUGUGGGAGUGUCGGUUCAGGAAAAUCUAGCCUGUUAUCUUCGGUGCUCGGAGAAAUCCCAAAGCUGGGAGAAGUAAAAGUCAGUGGCAGCAAAGCAUAUGUUCCUCAAACCCCAUGGAUACUAACGGGGAAUAUUCAAGAAAAUAUUCUGUUUGGAAAUCCAUACGAUAGCGAAAAGUAUGAGAAAACAGUUCAAGGGUGUGCUUUGGUCAAGGAUUUUGAGCUUUUUGCCAGUGGAGACCUAACUGAGAUUGGAGAAAGGGGAAUUAAUAUGAGUGGCGGGCAGAAGCAACGGAUUCAGAUAGCUAGAGCAGUGUACCAGGAUGCUGAUAUAUACCUUCUUGAUGACCCCUUCAGUGCUGUGGAUGCUCAUACUGGCAGCCAACUUUUCAAGGAUUGCCUAAUGGGGAUUCUUAAAGACAAGACUAUACUUUAUGUCACUCACCAAGUUGAGUUUCUUCCAGCAGCAGACCUUAUCCUGGUGAUGCAGAAUGGAAGGAUAGCACAGGCUGGAAAGUUUGAUGAGCUUCUAACCCAAAACAUAGGAUUUGAGGUGUUAGUCGGAGCUCACAGUCAAGCUCUUGAAUCAAUCUUUAAUGCAGAAAAUUCCAGUAGAGCAUCACAAGCAGAUGAUAGAAGGCCAACAAAAUCAUCGAGCAAUAAUGAACCAAAUGAUGAAGAAAAUACAGAAAAUACGCAAUUCCAAAGCAUCGAAAAGCAAGAAUCUCAGCAAAGUCUCCCUGAAGAUAUUGCUGACAGGGGAAGGUUGACACAAGAUGAGGAGCGAGAAAAAGGAAGCAUUGGCAAAGAAGUUUAUUGGACAUACCUCACUGCAAUUCGACGUGGUGCUUUAGUCCCAGUUAUAAUCACAGCGCACUCCCUCUUCCAAAUGUUGCAAGUAGGAAGCAACUAUUGGAUGGCGUGGGCUUCUCCUACAACGUCUGCAUCAGAACCAACAGUAGGAAUGAGUUUGCUUUUCUUAGUAUAUAUUCUUCUUUCAGUAGGAAGUGCACUAUGUGUUUUGGUCCGAGCAAUGUUACUAGCAAUAGCCGGCCUUCUACUUCUUUCAAAGUUUUUCAAUGACAUGCUACAUUGCAUCAUGCGUGCACCAAUGUCCUUCUUUGACUCGACACCAACAGGACGAAUCUUAAACAGGGCUUCGACUGACCAGAGCGUGCUAGACUUGGAGAUAGCAGGAAGAUUAGGUUGGUCUGCAUUUUCAACAAUACACACUCUGGGGACCAUUGGGGUUAUGUCACAGGUUGCAUGGCCAGUUUUUGCUCUCUUUGUACCUGUCACAGCAAUCUGCAUAUGGUAUCAACAAUACUACAUACCAACUGCUAGAGAACUUGCUCGCUUAUCAGGAAUUCAAAGGGCUCCGAUCCUUCAUCAUUUUGCAGAAUCUCUUUCUGGAGCUGCAACUAUCAGAGCCUUUGGACAGGAAGGACGCUUCACUAAAGCAAACCUCAUUCUUAUUGACAAUCAUUCAAGGCCGUGGUUCCACAAUAUUUCAGCGAUGGAAUGGCUUUCUUUCAGGCUUAACGUGUUAUCAAAUUUUGUGUUUGCAUUCUCAUUGAUUUUGCUUGUAAGCCUUCCUGAAGGAUUUAUCAAUCCAAGCAUUGCAGGAUUGGCUGUAACAUAUGGAUUAAGUCUCAAUUCACAGCUAGGCUCAAUCAUUUGGAAUAUUUGUAAUGCAGAAAAUAAAAUGAUCUCUGUUGAGAGAAUACAACAAUACUCAAGAAUCAAAAGUGAAGCCCCUUUAUUGAUUGAAGAAUGCAGGCUCCCAAAUGAGUGGCCAGAAACUGGAACAAUAUGCUUUGAGAAUUUGCAGGUUCGAUACGCUGAACACCUCCCAUCGGUCUUAAAGAACAUCACAUGUACGAUACCUGGAAAGAAAAAGGUUGGCGUUGUAGGGCGCACUGGUAGUGGGAAAUCAACUCUGAUACAGGCUCUUUUCCGAAUAGUUGAACCAAGAGAAGGUACAAUUGUAAUUGAUGAUGUGGAUAUCUGUAAAAUUGGACUUCAUGACUUGCGAUCUAGGCUCAGCAUCAUCCCACAAGAUCCGACAAUGUUUGAUGGUACAGUGAGAGGAAACCUUGACCCUCUGAAGCAAUACACCGACAACAGAAUAUGGGAGGUUCUCAAUAAGUGUCAGCUUGGGGAAUUAAUACGGCAGAAUGAGAAGAAAUUGGAUUCAACAGUUGUUGAAAAUGGAGAAAACUGGAGCGUCGGGCAGAGACAACUAUUUUGUCUUGGAAGAGCCCUACUGAAAAGGAGCAGCAUUCUUGUGCUAGACGAGGCAACGGCCUCUAUUGAUUCCGCUACUGAUGGAAUUAUACAAGAAACAAUCCGUCAGGAGUUUGCUGAUUGCACAGUAGUCACCAUAGCUCAUAGAAUUCACACAGUUAUAGACAGUGAUCUCAUAUUGGUUCUUAGUGAUGGAAGGAUUAUUGAAUACGAUACACCAGCCAAACUUCUGGAGAAGGAAGAGUCAGCAUUUUCCAAGCUUAUAAAAGAGUAUUCAUUGAGAACACAGAAUAGCGUAAUAGAUACAAAAGAUUCUGGAUAUAAACACUGAUUUUUUUUCCAAGGGGUAUGCCCAUAAGUAAUUUCUCAGCUUUGAUGAAGUGAAACACUGUGAAAGAUAUCAUAACUCGGAGGUAUCAUGUUCAUUAUAAAAUAACCAGGCAGCCAAUUUCCUGGAAAAGAAAUGACUUAAGCAACUGUUGUAGUAUUACAGCUAAUGUAGGCAGAACUUUGAUUCUAAGUGAAGCCAAAUAUAUCCAGUUUUGAAAUUUAGUU